UGUGGUCGGCCGCUCAAAUCAGUUGCCUUUCGGCCGCUAUCGUGCGCAGAUUUGUUUAGUUGACACUUUGCACCUUAUUUGCAUGGGAACUAUACCAGAUUUUAGGCUAUUAAAAGUGUCCUUCAAAAACUAUUUAUUGCACAGAAACCAUAUUAUUCCCAGAAUACAAUCAUGUUUGACAAUUCGAUAAAACCACAUCCGGAGACCAAUGGAGUUUCACAUAUCGGAGAUCGAGCGAUAAGUACUGUCAUUAAUAUUGAACCAGAAACUGAAAGUCCAGUUGGGAUCUUCACCUCACAACCAGAAAAGCAAAGACAGCAAGCAGAGCAGCUCCAAUCCGAAUCCGACAGAAUGGCCAAUUUCGACGAUACGUUGCAACGCGCCCGACUCGCCUUUUCCAGUGGAAAGACGAGGAACGUCAGCUUUCGACGCAAGCAGCUGGAGAAUCUGCUGCGUUGCUAUGAGGAGCACGAGCAGGAGAUCAUCAGCGCCUUGGAGGCGGAUCUGCGACGGCCCAAGCAGGAGAGUCUCAUCGUGGAGACCGAGUUCAUGAAGAACGACAUCAAGCACAUUCUGUUCCACCUCGACGAGUGGGUGCAGUCGGAAAAGCCCUCCAAGCCGUUUGUGAACCUGAUGGACGAUGUCCAGAUCCACAACGAUCCGUUUGGCGUGGUCCUGGUGAUCGGCGCCUGGAACUACCCGCUGCAGCUGCUGCUCGUGCCCGUGGCUUCCGCCAUCGCCGCCGGAAACUGUGUGGUGAUCAAGCCCAGCGAGAUCGCCGCCAACUGCGCCAAGUUCAUUGCCGAUGUCAUUCCGAAAUAUUUGGAUAAUGAAUGCUACCCGGUUGUCUGCGGUGGACCGAGCGAAACCGCUGAGCUGCUCAACCAGCGAUUCGACUACAUCUUCUACACGGGCUCGACGCGCGUGGGAAAGAUCAUCCACGCUGCGGCCAACAAACACUUGACCCCCACCACCUUGGAGCUGGGUGGCAAGAGUCCCUGCUACAUCGACAAGUCGGUGGAGCUGCGCACAGCGGUGAAACGCAUCCUGUGGGGCAAGCUGAUCAACUGCGGACAGACCUGCAUCGCCCCGGACUACAUUCUCUGCUCCAAGGAGGUGCAGGAGAAGUUCAUCGCGGAGGCCAAGGACGUGCUGAAGGAGUGGUACGGCGAGAACAUUCAAGGCAGUCCGGAUCUGAGUCGCGUUAUCAAUGCCAACAACUUUCAACGCCUUCUGGGUCUGAUGAAGUCCGGUCGCGUGGCUCUGGGUGGCAACUACGAUGCCAGCGAGCGUUACAUUGAGCCCACCAUCCUGGUGGACGUUAAGGAAACCGACCCCGUCAUGGAGGAGGAGAUCUUCGGCCCCAUCUUGCCCAUUUUCAACGUGGAGAGUGCCUACGAUGCCAUCAAGUUCAUCAAUUCCAGAGAGAGUCCCCUUGUCCUGUACAUUUUCACAUCGGAAGCAGAGGUUCAGAAUCUUUUCAUAAACGGCACCCAGUCGGGCGGACUGUGCGUGAACGACACGAUAAUGCACUAUGCCGUUGAUGUGCUGCCUUUUGGAGGCGUUGGCAUGAGCGGAAUGGGCCAGUAUCAUGGAAAGUAUGGCUUCGAGACCUUCACACACAAAAAGUCUUGCCUGGGCAAGAAUUUGGCGGCCCUUGGCGAGAAGUUGGCAUCAGCACGUUAUCCGCCGUACUCGGAUAGAAAGGGAUCGAUUCUGUCCUUCCUGCUGCGCAAGCGUCGUCCGCUGCCCAACCUGCACCUCAGCCAUGUGGUGGCCGUUGGUCUGGGCGUGGGAUUGACGGUGCUGGCCAACUUCUAUCUACAGGUAAGGAAGGGCAAGUUGCUGUCGCGUUAGACUAGAUGUUGGAACCCGGAGUUUAGAGCAGCCUGCGCCAGUGGAUCUUACCAUUUACUUUUGGAAUUGUUUGCAAUAAAUAAAAGCUCAACUGACUAAGAACCGAAAUACUUUUUUAUUUUUUAUACGCAUAUCGCUGGGUGAUGUAAAGCUUUGGAUACUUCGUUUUAAUAAUAUAGUUAUUGUUAUUUAGUUGCUAUUAAAUGAAUUGUGAAUGCUAUAAUGUAGUGUACGAAAAAUAAACAAUAUAAAAAUACCA